AAUGACGGACCGACGGAGAUAAUGCGUCACUUCCGGGUAACCCUUUAGCUAGUCAGCUAGCGUCGUUCUCUGUUUUUACCUCUUAUUUAGGGGAAAUGUAUUUUCUCUGCACAAUUAUCGCGUCUUUGGUUUUGUUUUUGGUUUUAAAGUGGAUGAAACGGAGGAGGUACGUCACGGACGUGAAAAGACUCGACGGGAAAACGGUUCUAAUCACAGGUGGGAAUUCCGGGGUGGGGAAAGAGACCGCGGUUGCCUUGGCAACGAGGGGCGCUCGUAUCAUCGUGGCCUGCCGAGACCCGGAAAAGGCCCGCAGGGCUGUGACGGAGAUCAGGCUGCAGAGCCGCAGUCUGAACGUCUGCCACAUGGACCUGGAUCUGGCCAACCUCAGCUCCGUCAGGGGUUUCUGCAAGGACUUCCUCCAGAAGGAGAAGAGGCUGGACAUCCUGAUCAACUGUGCAGGGAUGCCCAGCGUCCUGGACUGGACGGACGACGGCUUCAGCAUGUGUUUUGGGGUCAACCACUUGGGUCACUUCCUGCUGACUAACCUGCUUCUGCCCCGCCUGAAGGAGAGCGCCCCCAGCAGGGUGAUAACGCUCACAUGCUCCAGCUACAAAUACCAGAAGCUGGACUUCCAGGACCUGAACUACAACCUGCUGCCCUUCUUCACCUACUGCCGCAGCAAACUGGCCAACAUCUACUUCAGUCAGGAGCUGGCGCGCCUCACCGAAGGGAAGGGAGUGAGCUCGUUUGCUGUGCACCCUGGUUUCGUGCAGAGCGGCUGGACGUCCCACUACUCCUUCCUGUUCCGGAUGCUGAUGCAGGUCGUCAUGUGGAUGUUCUUUGUGUCAACCGAGAUCGGCGCCCAGACCGUCGUCUACUGCGCCGUGUCGGACGAAGCCGCCAAACACAACGGGGGUUACUUUGUGGACUGCAGACCCGCCGUUCUACGUCCUUUCGCCAGAGACGAAGGCGUGGCCAAAAAACUGUGGGAGGCGAGUGAGAGACUGGUUAAACUGGCGUGACUCCACGCCAACUUUUGGAUGUACAUAUCUAAUUUAAUGUUUUAUCUUCUUUACAAGUUUUUCAAGAAGUAAAUUGUCUGAAAUGUCCAAAAGAAUUAUUACCAGAAAAUGAUAGUUUUGUGAUGUGAUGAAUCUAAAGAAAUGCAUGAAAGGAGAAAAAAGACUUUUAUGUUUCAUUGUUUGGUUUCUGUUUUAUUUAUUAAACUUUAUUUAUAAAAAAAGAAGAAGUUUCAUGUCCAUUAGUUCAAGUUGUGGAAAUGACUUUAAAAUAAAGUUAAUAAAGUUUAAAGGUUAA